CACUUCCGAUCCGCUCCCGGAAGUUGCGCUCGGGAGCCAAAUUUGAAGCAAGCUGAGACGCGGAAGCACGGCCAAGAAGCUGAACCCGUCGCGUUUUCCUUGGCUACCUUGGCCACUUGAGACCAGUCAUCAUGCCUAUCCGUGCUCUGUGUACCAUUUGCUCUGACUUCUUCGAUCACUCCCGCGACGUGGCCGCCAUUCACUGCGGCCACACCUUCCACUUGCAGUGCCUAAUUCAGUGGUUCGAGACAGCACCAAGUCGGACCUGCCCGCAGUGCCGAAUCCAGGUCGGUAAAAGAACCAUUAUCAAUAAGCUCUUCUUUGACCUUGCCCAGGAGGAGGAGAGUGUCUUAGAUGCAGAAUUCUUAAAGAAUGAACUGGAUAAUACCAGAGCUCUGCUUUCCCAGAAAGAGAAGGAAAAACGAGACGGCCAGCUUAUCAUUGACACUCUGCGGGACACGCUGGAAGAACGCAACGCCACUGUUGAAUCCCUGCAGAAGGCCUUAGACAAGGCUGAGAUGCUGUGCUCCACCCUCAAGAAGCAGAUGAAGUACUUGGAACAGCAGCAGGAUGAGACCAAACAAGCACGGGAGGAGGCCCGCCGGCUCCGGAACAAGAUGAAGACCAUGGAGCGAAUUGAGCUCCUACUCCAGAGUCAGCGGCCCGAGGUGGAGGAGAUGAUCCGCGACAUGGGUGUGGGACAGUCAGCGGUGGAGCAGUUGGCUGUGUACUGCGUGUCCCUCAAGAAAGAGUACGAGAAUCUAAAAGAGGCGCGGAAGGCCUCAGGGGAGUUAGCCGACAAACUGAAGAAGGAUUUGUUUUCUUCCAGAAGCAAGUUGCAGACAGUCUACUCUGAACUGGACCAGGCCAAGUUGGAGCUGAGGUCGGCCCAGAAGGACUUACAGAGUGCUGACAAGGAAAUCGCAAGCCUGAGAAAAAAGCUAACGAUGCUGCAGGAAACCCUGAACCUGCCACCAGUGGACAGUGAGGCUGUCAACCGCCUGGUUUUAGAGAGCCCAGCUCCUGUGGAGAUGCUGAACCUGAAGCUUCGCCGGCCAGCCUUCGGCGAUGAUAUUGACCUCAAUGCCACCUUUAAUGUGGAUACUCCCCCAGCCCAGCCCUCCAGCACCCAGCAUGGCCAUGCCAAGAGGCUCUUCCCAGAGAAGGCACAUUCUCCCGUUCAGGACGUUCUCAAGAAGAUGCCCAAAGGCCCCAAGCAGGAGUCCCAGCUCUUGCUGGGUGGCCAGCGCUGUCUGGGAGAGCCUGAUGAGGAGCUGGCUGGUGCCUUCCCUGUCUUCAUCCGGAAUGCUGUCCUGGGCCAGAAACAGACCAAGAGGACCAGGGCAGAGCCCUGUCGCAGCACAGAUGCAGUAAGGACUGGCUUCGAUGGACUUGGAGGCCGGACAAAAUUCAUCCAGCCUACUGACACGACUAUGAUCCGCUCACUGCCCGUUAAACCCAAGCCCAAGGCCAGGGCUAAGCAGAGACUGGGGGCCAGGACAGUGCUCCCUCCCUCCCAGGCCAAGCUGGACACCUUCCUGUGGUAGUGAGAACAGUGAGUCUGAUCAGUGGCCAGAUACAUGCCUCUGACUUAUAGGCCGAGGACUGCGGACUGGCUCGGCAGAUGGUUUGCGGGGCAUGGCCCCUCUUCUAGGACCAGCCCUGAGGACAAGGAUAAACAAGAAGAUGGGGGUGAAGGUGAGGCCCAGAAACUGUGCUUUUCCUGCACACACACACUGCCCCACCCCCCAUCAUACUGGGUCUCCCUGUGAGAGCUGAUGUGAUCAGCUCACUGUUCCUGCCAGCAGGGUUUGCUCCGUAUUCCAGGCUCCCAUUUAUAGCCAUGAUCGGAUGUGGCUGGGCUGCUUCUGGUCCUCCAGACCAGGGUUUUUUGUUGACUGUAAGGACCAAAGUGCUUGAGGCUUCUCAGGCAGCCUCAGCCUGCCCAAGCUUCUGCCUGUCUCUCUGACUUGCUGUUGGCCUGGACCAAGCAGGGCGGGGAAUGGGGGAUGGUGGUAGGGAGGAGGGGGGCCAGAUUUCUUCGUGAAAUAAAAAAGAUAGAGUCUUUUCUUCCUGACUCUGGGAGUGUAAAUUUGCCCUCACUUUGGAGAACUGUCUGGCAUGAUUUUCUAAAGCGGGACCUUCACCUAGACCCAGACCCAGCAGCUUCACGCUUAGGCAUUUGCCCUCUCAUAGGGCACAGGGAGACUGUAGCAAGAGUGACAUCACCUCAGCUUUGUCCAGAGUCUCUAACCUGGGCACAGUGCAAAGGCCAUAAGCAGGAAAGCAAAUGGGUGAACUAGGGUUUAGACACACAGGGAACUCACAGCAAGCACAACAAAUGACCAGUGACACCCCCCUCUUCACCUUUCAACUCUGCCAGACAGAUUGCUAGCCUCUGCAUCUUAGCUUCAAAAGCACUUUCUCCCAGAAGACUUCCCUUUGAACUUCUAGCUUGGAUGAGGACCCCUAAACUUUCCUCUCUCACUACUGGAUGGGAGUUCACCUGUUUCUGCAGAUCCCAGCAUGGACCUGGCACAGGGGAGAAUGCUUCAGGCUGAGAGUGCCCAGCUGCUCUCCAGCAGGUGUGGAGGAGCCUUGGGCUUCUUGGGGAGGAAGUGACGCUCUUGGUUAUGGGGGUUGGACCCCUCUGGUGCUGCCUUGAGACAGGGACAGUUAGUGAGGGGAAGUGUAGCAUCAAGUUAAGGGUGCAGUGGCUGGCUAAUAGCUUUCUUAUAGAUCAGUAAUGAACAAUUCAAAUUAUUUUUAAUUUUUUUAAAAAUGUUUAUUUGGCUGCAUCAGGUCUUAGUUGCAGCACAUGGGAUCUUCGUUGUGGCAUGCAAACUCUUAGUUGUGGCAUGUGGGAUGUAGUUCCCUGACCAGGGAUUGAAACUGGGCCCCCUGCAUUGGGAACAUGGAGUCUUAGCCACUGGACCACCAGGGAAGUCCCAACAACUAAAAUUAAAAACCCAAUACCAUUUACUUCAGCACCAAAAAAGAAGAAGAAAAAAGAAAACAAAUAUUUAGGUAUAAAUCUAACAAAAUAUGUACAAGAUCUCUGUGAGGGAAAACUACAAGACUCUGGGUCUAUACAUACAAUGGAAUAUUACUCAGCCUUUUAAAAAGUUCUGAAACAUGCUAUAACAUAGAUGAACCUUGAAGACAUUAAGCUAAGUGAAAUAAUCCAGGGACAGAGGACAAAUACUGUAUAAUUCCAUUUAUAUGAGAAACCUAGAGUAGUCAAAUUCAUAGAGACAGAAAGUAGAAUGGCUGUUGCCACGGGUGGGGAAGGAGGGAAUGGGAAGUUAUUAUUUAAUGGGUUGAGAGUUUCAGUUUAGGAGGAUGAAGUUCUGGAGAUGAAUGGUGGUGAUGGUGGCACAACAAUGUGAAUGUCUUUAAUGCUACUGAACCGUACAUUUAAAGAUGUUAAAAUGGUAAAUUUCAUUUUAUGCAUAUUUUAUCACAAUAAAAAAAAGGACCGAAAUUCUGAUACAUGCUACAACCUAGAUGAAUGUUGAAAAGGUAUGCUAAGUGAAAUAAAUGAGACACAAAAGGGCAAAUACUUUAUAAUUCCACCUACAUUAGGUACCUAGAAUAGGGAAAGUCAUAGAGACAAAAUAGAAUAGAAGCUCCAGGGAAACAGGGGAUCUAAGAUUGUUGAAGAGUUACUUUUCAAUGGAUACAGUAUUUCUCUUUGGGAUAAAGAAAAAGUUCUGGAAAUAGUGGUGAUGGUUACACAAUAUUGUGAAUGUACUUAAUGCCACCGAAUUGUACAUUUAAAAAUGGUUAAAACCACAAUUUUAAAAAAUAUCUACUUCUAUUUUAAUAAGAGUUAAAAAAAAUCAGGAAUGGAUGUUGAAUUUCAUCAAAUGCCUUUUGGUAUCUAUUUGAAGAUACCACUUACUUAAGAAUCUGGCCCUGGUUUCUGUACCUAGUACGUAUAACA